AUGGUGCGCCGCAAUCGACAGCUGUCUCUGCAAGAAAAUCUCAUCAUGAUGCAAGAGAACCAAGGCAUGAAGGUGUUAGCCCAAGCAAUUCAAGAGAGUUUACGCCGGAACGAAGAGCAGGGGUUGAUGAUGGACCGUCGAGUGCAGCAGCUACUUCACUAUACCCACGAGCAUCAGCUCCGCCGCCUCAAGUGGUUCACAGUCAUUGCCAAGUACAGAAAAGCGAAGAAGGCAAACUUCUGGUAUCCGGAUGACUUCAUUUACGCGAAGUUGCGGGAGACACACUCGGAAGCAGAUAUAGCGGUGCUUUGCCAAAAACUCAUGAACACCUCGAAGGCGAAGAAGGUCGCGAAGACCCUGCAGCAUCACCUGUUUCAGGCAUGGAAUAACCGAGGUAUGAGGUUGGAAGACGUCGCAGACAUGUUGGGCGUUCUUGUUUCGACGGCGAACUCCGUGCGAUCUGGCAUUCUGGUGGACUAUCAGCUGAAACUUACCGGAGAGGCCGUCACCCGCGUUCGUCAUGGAUAA